UUUUGUAACACUUUCACUAUAAUUUUAGGCUUACCGGUAGCUCAUGAUUCAUUCAUUAGAAAAGGACGACAGUGAGUUUGUGCUACUUUUAAUGGCCUACAUAAGAUAAAUGAAGCAAUCAUUCUCACUUCGUGCGACCUUUCUUGACUGUAAUGGAACGAUGUAGCCAUGGCUUCUUCAGACGAAGGUGACUCAUCCGCACCGCCAACACCAAACUAUGCCCAGCUAUCGGGCUAUUCGUCUCCCGUCCAUACUGCUGUGAAGGCCGAGUACGAUGGUAGCCCCGGCUGCAGCAGUGACAGCGUCUGCUCUCCCGAGCCCAACGGCUCCCUCUUGAACGGCAUCCAGAACGCUCUCCUUGACGAGGCAGCCAAGGCCGACGGGGACCAGGGCGCCAACCCUAGACUGUGUGCCGUAUGCUCGGACCUGGCGUCCGGGUACCACUAUGGCAUCGCGUCCUGCGAGGCUUGUAAGGCCUUCUUCAAGAGAACAAUUCAAGGUAACCUGAAUUACCAGUGCCAUUCAACGAGCGAAUGCGAGGUGAACAAGAAGAGACGUAAAGCAUGCCCGGCGUGUCGCUUUCAGAAAUGUAUCAACAUGGGUAUGAUGAUUGAUGGAGUAAGACCUGACAGGGUGCGAGGAGGCAGACAAAAGUACAGGCGGAGGCCGGAAGAAACAGACUUUGCCCCCUCUUCUUCAGCAAGAAGAGCAAAGCACCGGAGAGCCGCCGAACUGACCAAGCACCUUCUGAAGAUAGAGCCACCGGUCAGUACCCUCGGUCCGAUUGACCCAAGCCUCAAGGACAAGGACCCGGCCUUCCAGGCCAUGAAGAUCAUCACUGACCUCGGGGACAGGGCCCUGGUCAAUGUGGUCCAGUGGGCCAAACAAGUACCAGGUUUCACUGAGUUAUCACUUGGGGACAGGAGGAUACUACUCCAAGAUGGUUGGAUGGAGAUCCUGCUGUGGCAGGUCAUCUUCAGGUCAAUCCCUCUCUGCGAGCCUGACAGAAUAGCUUUCACAAAGGGUCUAAGUAUGGAUGAAGAGCAGGCAGCAAGAAGCGGUCUGGGCUCGCUGGUAGCAAAGGCGUUACAUCUCACAAGAAAACUCAGGGACAUUGGCAUUGACAAGGAAGAGUACGCUCUGCUCAAAUGCAUCAUACUAUGUAAUGUUGAAUUAUCAAGAGUGGAGGAGAACACUCACCUUGGGGAACUCCAGAACAACCUGUACGAUGCCUUGCACCAUCACAUCAUGAAGGACUACCCCGGAGACAGCCGCAGGGUCUGCCAUCUUCUGUCCACCCUCCCGACGCUCCGCCAGCUCUCCUCCGAAUCGGUGGACCACGUCUCCCGCAACUCGGCGGAGAAGAGCAUCCCCAUCCAGCAACUCUUCAGGGAGAUGCUGGAAUCCAAGUGCGAUUAAGACUUUGGUUGAGCAAUGGCAACGUGAGGUUGCUUCAAAGCCGAGUUUGAUGUGAACCUAAAGAGUCCACAAUGAUGAGACUUUCUUGAGCCUUAAUAGUUAUUACUGUUAACAGGCUUCGAAGUGGAACUAACAUGGUGAAAAGGGCUCCUUGUGUGAUAAAGACUUUGUGGAGCGAUGGCAACGGUAACUUGCUUCAUAGGGGAGUAAAUGAUGUGCAGAGGGAGUCCAAGCGUGACUAAGGUUGCUUCAAGAACUUGAAUGAUGCUUGAAUCGAAGUAUGAUUAAGAAUUUUGUUAAGCAACACCCACGUGAGGUUGCUUGAAAGGGAAGCUAAGCAUGUAUGGAUGGAGUCCAUCUGUACAUAGACUGUUAUUGAACAACAGCAGGCUACAAGUAUAAAGAAGCUUCAGAGAUGCCACUUUGAGAUUAUUGUCAAAUUUCAGGCCCUGACACCUCUCCAUAAAUACAGGCUUCUCUUCAGGCUCUAUACUGUCGAGUAUGUAUGGGAUUCCAACAUGUCUGGGUCUUUAUUCAGGCCCAUCGGGUAAAAUCAACCGAUAUCACUCCUUUAGGAUCUAUCAAGCUAUGUAAAGUUUGUGUAGCAGUAUUCUGCAAGACAAAAGCCCAACUUCUUAGCACACCUCUUCCAGAUACAAUGUAUCUGUUUGAAGGUGAGAAAUUAUAGUAUUCUGUAAGAAAAUGAGUAAGAUUUAAGAUUCCCACCUUCAGAGGUAUCUAUGCCCCUCUACUCUACCAAUGAAUAAAGUUUGUGUAUGAAAUAUGAGAUAUUCUGAUUUUGAUACAUUUCAAACUUGCAUUUAAGUUAUGCUUGCUUAAAAAUUGAAUAUCUUUAUCAAAGUUGGUUAAAUGAAAAAAUCUUCAUAAAGAAAUGGACUAUCGUUGAAACCCCCGUCGGGCUGUGUUCCUUCAUGUUGUACCAGAGGGAGCUAUUUUGCUGGAAACUGGUCCUUCGGAUGUGAGCAGUAGAAGAACUAACUUCAUUGAGAAGGCACGUAAGAGAUUGCUGUUACAGUUGUUACUUGUGUUGUUUGCAUGGAUGGAGGCAUCGAGUUCCGACUUCUGGCGUUCGAUCAAUGAAGAGAGAUACAUCCAUACUGAGAAGUUUAGAGCCAUUUGCAGUGACUGCCAGGAAGACGCCCAAGAUCACUUGCCUUUUAUGUGUCUCAAGGGUGAACAGAGCCAUGUGGAGUUGCAUUUGAUUGGAAGCAAAAGGAUAUGAAUGACUGUGCCAUUGGCACAUCACUGUAAAUUGGGUCGGUGUUGAAAGAAGAAAUAUAUUAUUUUUAUUCUUACUUUACAAUUACGAUUACGAUCUAUAUCAGAAAAUAUAAUUAUCAGUGCAAAAGCGGUAUGUGAAUGUGUGUGAUGGUUGUGGAGGAAUUAUAAUUCUUUAAUAAUAUUGCUACUAUUUAGAUAUUUUGUUUCAAUUUUUGAAUAUUAUGUUUUUAUUUUUAAUAUUUGCAAAUUUUAGAUUCAUGGAGAUGGUAGAAACUUAGAGUCAACUGAAACAAAACAAUAUAACUUUAAAACUGUUGAAAUAAGACAUUCAUGUAACUGCCAUUGUGGGGGGGGGGGGUGGGGUGGGGUGGGGUGGUGAUUGUGGUAGGAGAAGGUGUCCUACAAGAAUAUUUACAUUUUGAAGAGCAAUAAUACUAGGUAGUGCGAUGGUAAAAUAUUUGAUCGUAAUGUUUAGACACUAAACAAGAUAAUAAAUCAAAAAUUUAAUUGAUAUCUGUAUAUUUUGAUGACAUCACUAUAAAAAAAAGUAAAUUCUGAUAUGCAUAGAAUAUAUAAUAUUUUGUAAAGAAAAAAAAUGUUAAAAAGAGACAGUACUAGAUCAAUCAGAGAUCCAUGUCCUGGAGAUUAAAUAAUAUUGAUAAUUUCAUUGAUAGGAAAGUUAAAAACAACAAAAUAAUGCACUAUUAGACCAUUUCAUACUGUUUCUUUUCAGUUUGGUCUGCAAUACGUAUGCAGCGACAUAGCUUUAUGUAGAAAAGGUUUUCAGAAAAAUAUCAAGAGCUACUUAGGUGCAGAUCAUCUAAAAAUUUCUUUUUAGAAAUAGUUGCAUGUAUGCUGUUCUCAGAAUGCUAGUAGCAUGUGUACAGUCAAACCUGUCUUGGUGGCCACCUCUGUCUAUAGUGGUCAUGCAUAUUUUUCUCCCUCAAAAGAGAAAUGUGUUGUAGAACCUGUCUAUAAAGGCCGCCUCUCUGCAGUGGCCACUUUUUCUGUUUCCUUGGAUGGCCUUCAAUAAUAGGCAAGUUUGACUGUAAUUGACUUUAUAUAGAUAGAAAGAACAAAAGCUAUCUUGUCAAUGGACAUUUUUUAUUUAUGCCCCUUUCCUGGAAUUCAUAUCUGAAACAGAUAUAUACGUAUCUUGCCAAUUU